AUGGGUAACUCGCCGAGCACCCCGCUCCAAACCUGCCUCAACACGAUCUGCGCCGGCCGUGCCGAGUGCGUCGCCUACCCGAGCACCCCGUUCUACCAGCUUGCCUGGGUGAAGCCGUUCAACCUCGAGAUCGAUAUCGAACCCAUUGCCGUGUUCCGGCCCAAGAAUACGAAUGAGGUGUCUGCCGUGGUGAAAUGCGCCGAGAGCGUGGGGGCCAAGGUCCAGGCUAGGUCCGGAGGGCAUUCUUAUGCCAACUACGGCAUUGGUGGUGAAGAUGGCCACGUCGUCAUCGACCUUGUCAAUAUGCAAUCCUUCUCCGUGGACCAGACGACUUGGGAUGUUACCGUAGGUGCCGGUACCCGCCUCGGAGAGCUCGACAAGAAGAUGCACAAGGCCGGCGGCCGGGCCUUUGCCCACGGAGUGUGCCCCGGCGUCGGUAUCGGCGGCCACGCGACUAUUGGCGGCUUGGGACCCUCGAGCCGUAUGUGGGGCACCGCCUUGGACCACAUUGUCGAGAAUUCGGAUCUAUUUUGGGCUCUUCGCGGCGCAGGCGCAUCGUUUGGCGUCAUCACCGAGUUCAAGAUGCGCACCCACCCGGCACCCGGAGCGGUCGUGCAGCAUACCUUUGCCUUUUCCUUUGGCCGCCAUUCGGAGAUGGCGUCGGUGUACGAAAAGUGGCAGGCGCUCAUCGCCGACCCCAACCUCGACCGGCGAUUCGGGUCCGAGUUUGUGGCCUCGGGUAUUCCCAAGCGUAUCCCUUCAGGGGGUCGGGCGAGCGCCGUGGUCAACGACUGGCUUGCCAGCCUUGUGCACGAGGCAGGCAACGAGGCGCUCUACCUUGGUGAUCUCCCCACGGCCUUCUACAGCAAGGCGCUGGCCAUGACCCCGAAGCAGCUGCCCGGCGCGGCGCCCGUGCGCGACCUCUUCAACUACAUUGACGGCGCCGACAAGGGUACGCUUCUAUGGUUUGUCAUCUUUGAUGCGUCGGGCGGCGCGGUCAACGAUGUGCCGCUUGAGGCGACGGCGUAUCCUCAUCGGGACAAGGUGCUUUACUACCAGUCGUACGCCGUGGGCCUGGGAUCGCUCCCCAAGUCUACCCGCAACUUCCUCGAGGGUAUCCACGGACGCCUCUCGAGCACAGGUGCCAACACGACGUAUGCCGGCUACGUGGAUCCAGCGAUUCCCCGAGACCAGGCGGAGGCGGCGUACUGGGAGGGCCACGUGCCGAGAUUGAGGCAGAUCAAGACGACGUGGGAUCCUAAGAACACUUUUUCCAACCCGCAGAGCGUGAGGCCGCUGGGCUCGUAG